CGUGUGCCUGAGGGGGCAUCAUGUAUCUAGGCCACACAAUACGGGCUGUGGGCUCAUUGUUGCUGCCUACCAGCAGGCCUAUCGCUGCCCCGGGGACGAGGCCCUUUUUCUUUAUGUCUCGGGACGGCUCACCAUGCAUCUCACUCAGCUCAACCGGGAGUGCCUCCUUCACCUUUUCUCCUUCCUGGAUAAGGACAACCGGAGGAGUUUGUCCCUUACCUGUCAUCAGCUGCGCGAGGUAUUCCUGGACCCCCGCCUCUGGAAUCUACUGCACUUCAGCUCCCCGUGUCAACUCCGAAGGGACAACUUCGUGUUGGGACCCUCGCUGCGCCACUUGACUAUCUGCUGGUACUCCAGCAGGGUCCUGCAAGUGUGCAACAUCGAGGACUGGUUGAAGACCUCUUUCCAGAAGGACAUCUGCAGUAAACAUGAAAGCCUGGUUAGCAAUUUCUUGGCCCAAGUCUGCCUCAUGUGUCCCAACCUGCUCUCGCUAACCCUGUCCGGCUGCGGGCACAUCACCGACCAGGAUGUGAUCUCUGUGCUGCUGCGCUGCAGGAAGCUGCGGUGCCUCCACCUGGAGAACUGCGUGCGCAUCACUGACUGCAGCCUGCGGGGUGUGGCGGCCCACGGGGACAGCCUGGAAGAAGUCAAGGUGGACUUCUGCAGGAACAUCACCCAGGCCGGGCUGCGGGGUUGCGCGGCCAUGAGGCCGACCAUCUGGCUGAGCGCGGAGAGGAGCGCUGACAUGAUCCCUGACAGCAAGCCCGAGGAGGAGCCGCUCAGGAGGACGCUGCAGAAAGUUCUGCUGUUCUCCUGAGGAACACGCCUCACAUCCGCAUACGCAGGGCCCACGAGCAUAUCUGUAGCUCCUCGUGUGAGGACGUGACUGGGAUCCUCUUGUUGUCGUGUGUAUUUGUGUUUUAUAGAAGUGUUUUGCAUUGUUUUUAUACCAUUUUUUUUAAUAUAUACAAGACGUGUUGAUCAUGUUGAGUUUUACUUUCAAACACACCAAGCGGCCUUAUCUAAAGUCUUAUCCACAAACAGGACCUCAUCAGUAGUUCUCAUUCAGUACAUGCUGUAAUUGUGUAGUUUGAAUCCUGAAGGAGCAGUUUAAAAUCUUACUAAUUAUGUUUAUUUGCAUUUUGCAUAUUUCCGUUCUUAAAUAUACCACUAUGCUAUAUGUCUGUAUGGCAAAAAUGAACCAGAAUCAAGUAAAAAGCUGGGUAAGAACGUAUUACUUGCACCAGUGAGGACGUUUUACACCACUGCUACAGAGCAUUUCUCUCUUUUUUAAUUUUUUUUUUGUAUAAUCUCUACAAACACACUGCAACAAAAUGAGAGUUCUCCAUUUGGUGUGGUCUUAUGCGCCAGACUGCGUGUUGGCCGAGACUACAGUGCAACAGACAACCCCUGCAGCAACCAGGAAGUUCCUCCUCCUCCCAGCCAAGAAACGGCGGCCUUGUCAAAUGACAGCUUUUAUCAUCUGUUAUUUACCGCACAGACACGACAGUGUUAUUCUCACCUCACCUAAUCCCACAAGAAUUUUAAUUCGCACAUUUCCCACUUAAUGUCAAGCAACUCCUUUAAUAGUUUUUCGAUUAAAAUACCUCUGGCAGCGGCUGUGCACACCUACACGGUACGAGAGAACAAGAAAGGGUAGGGGAGGGAGGGUUCUCCCAGGGCAACGUGGCCCGGAGCCUGAGCUCUGCCUGAAAGCUUGUUAUGUAAGACGGUGACACAUACGAAAGUGGGUUGAUGAGGUGUGUCUGUCUUUAAAUGCCAUGUGACGACUCCUCUAAUCACCUCUAAUCACCUCUAAUCAAUGGCCACAUAUUCUCAUGGAAAGUGUGAAUGACCGCACUCCACUAUGUAUCUGUGGAAGGGGAAACAAACUGAGAUAAAUAAUGUGGUCUGACUAGUUUUAGGCUACAGGAUCAGUUUAAAAAGUUUUUCUCUUAGGAAUACAUUUAAGAAUAAUUUUAUUUUUCUUGCGCAUACCACAUAUGAUAUAGCUAUUUCGUUCUAGUUUAUUUCUAUCUACGGGGGGUAGACUAAAUAUUAGAAACUGCAAUUCAAUUGGUACUCCAACAUCAGAAAUGAUCAUACUGUAAGAGUUUCAACUUAACCCACAGAGCUGGGACUGUUGUGUCAGGCAGCUACGUUGAUCUAAUAAACUUUCCAUGGUAUUUAACGAACGUUACAUCAUUUUUAGCCGUGUAGUUGUUCUAAGUAACAGCAGUGCAUUAUGUUCCUCCAAAGAAAACCUGAAACCAGCCACAUAAAGACAACUCUGCUUUUGCACUGACACAGAGACUCAUUGUUCAGAAGCCAGACAACAAAAGAUAUAUAUAUAUAUAUAUAUAUUUUCUUUUAUCAAGAAUUAAUAGCAGAGUGUGUGGCAGCUCACACAGGGAAGAAUUAUGAGUUCCAGGUGGGGAGACUCCUGAGGCACAUCCGGCUGACAGCAGCACUCCAACACAAUAACAGGACCGAGCGCUCGACGUGUAACAACACGACUGUAUCAAAGCUCGUUUCUACCGGGGUCGGCGUUUUUUAUGGCCGCGUGAUUUUGAAGGGAGAUAAGCUUGAAGAACCUGUUGUCCUUAAAAGCCCCUGCAUUUUGCCCCCGCCGGCUAUUCAGCAGCGAGGCAGCUGCAGCCUUUUAACGACGCCUGCUGUAACGUCGCACGCCGUCUCGUGUCUGCGCCUCAUUCAGCUCGUCUGAAUUGUGAAUCGAGUAUCCAGGCCCGGGCCGUCGUUCCAGAGGAAUCCAAGUAAUGAUUUGUGCGAGGGGAUGAAAGGUGGUUUUGUGUGUUGAACGACACUGACGCGAGAACUGUCUGAGCUGGUUUGGUUUUUAAAUUAAGAUGCAGAAACAUGACAGAGUAAUCCACUGUAUCUUCAAAUCUCAAACAUUUCCUUAAAUGCAAAUACAUUUUUUGUACUGGA